UCUCGUCUCUCUCUCUCUCUCUCGUCUCCCUCUGCACAACCGUUACGACCGCCCUACACCUUCGUGCCCCUGACGUCACCGAUAAACCGCGUAACGACUGGCGGAGUGUUCUCGUUUCGUCACCCCAACACGAGCGGAUCUGUGGGGCCGUUCAGUGAUGACCUCCUUCUGAAGGACGAGCUGGCGCCGGGUCGGGUGACCGAUCUCAAAGUCAUGAAGACGCGUCACGACGACAACACUGUGGUCCUGUCGUGGACGGCGCCCGGCGACGACUUCGACCACAACACUGCGUCCAGAUACGAAAUAACGAUGGCGUCAACCGCUGCUAACCUGUUGGGAAAACUCACCACCUCGCGCUACAUAACCCAGGAUGACGUCACACACGGCAACCUAGAGUCGCCGCUCCCAGCGGGAUCCAUAGAAAUGUUUACUUUGAAAAUGAAGCGGGGGCCGAAUUUCAACGCUAGUUUCGUAUUCACCAUCCGGGCUAUCGAUGACGCAGGACACAAAGGAGACUUCUCUAAUUUCGCCACUGCAGGGUUUGGCUUCAUUCCGGACUACGUCGACCCAGAAUUCUCAGAAAAUGUUCCAACUUCCGGUAACAAUGGAAGUCACAGUGUCGGGCAGACAAAAAGUCAUUAUUGCGGAAGUGGUGGGGUCGUUUACAGGACUGCUCGUGAUUGUGAUAGUUAUCUCCCUUGUUUUACACGUGUGUUCUCGCAAACCAACGGUCAUGCAAAGUGACAAGAAACACCUUAGUUUCACGGUGUAAUCACUGUUUAAUUAAUGUAGCAGAGACAUUGGAAUGAACAAUCUAUAUAAUGCAAUACGGUUUGUCCAACAUAGAUGCAUGCUUAUCACGUAUGUACACACACGCAAACACACGUACAUACGCACACAAACAACACGCUCACUCCCAAGUUACGAAACCAAAGACAAUAAAAAUUAAGAGAUAAAAUGGAAAUAUAUAUAUAUAUAUAUUUGUAUCAUAUAUUUUCCUAACCGGGAACAUGUCUAGUUCAGUAAUGAUACAAACAUCAACUCUCGUCUUUAGAUGCAUAACUGUGCUAGUAAAAAUACGUGUCAAUACAAUAUACCGUACUUCUUAAACGGUAGACACAACCUAACCCUAACCUAUAAUCAGGUUGAUAAUAGAAACAUAAAUUAAAUAUCUAAAAUGGUAUCUCUGCUACACCCACACCCACUCUCUCUCUCUCUCUCUCUCUCUCUCUCUCUCUCUCUCUCUCUCUCUCUCUCUCUCUCUCUCUCUCUCUCUCUCUCUCUCUCUCUCUCACAAAAAUACACACACACACACUCACAUUUCCCUGCAAAUAAUUAGAUAUGAGGGGCAAUGCUUAUUCGUGUACGGCCUGGAUAUCAGCUUAUAUCAGUAAACGUUAACAUUGUCAGCAAUGGGAAUUGAUUUGGUUACGGUCUACGUGGCGUAGAGUAGACUAUGGCUGAAGGGUGUAUACCACCAAAUGAAUUCCCAUAGAUGACAAUAGUAACAUAUGUGGCUAAAACUCCAACAUGCAGGGUAUCGAUCGACAUAUACUACCACCCCUCGCACUUUAGGUAUCUCACCACUAUUGAUUAUACAUUGGUGACAAUACAAACAUAAAGCCAAGUAUUGACUAAAUUAUUAACAGUAGGUGUUAUGUACUACCUGACAUGAAGAGAACAGCCUCCGUGACAGGAUUUAAGAAAAUAAAAUUGAUACUUCGCGACCUGCAACUUCAAUUAUCCAGGGCCCGGUAACACAAAGCACUCGUAACACUUACGUCAGACGUACCCCACACAUCAUGUAUGGUGUACGUCUGACGUAAGUGUUACGACUGCUUUGUGUUACCGGGCCCAGACUCCUUAGGACAUGGAGUAAUGGAGGGGAGGCAACUCUCGUUAAAAAUAUGUAACACAGGCACUGUAAACAAUGGUCUUGCCUGUAGCAGAUAUGCAUCGGUCAGUUUGAUAUGCCAAAAUCAAGAGGCAAUGUUACCCUUCCAAUAUUCCAUAAUCAUACUGUCAAGUCUGUUCAGACACCAACAUAAUAAAAUAAAGAAAAGAGGUACUCUUUUUCAUAGAACUAAAUUCGCUACAUGUCACUCAUUGGCUGAAAUAGCGGUGUGAUCCCUUGAAGUGAAUCAACCAUAACGGGUAGCGUCUAUGACUACUAGUUGCAAACAAACAAAUGUCAUGCUAUUUUUAGCAGGACCCCGAGCAUGUUUGAAGCAGAAUGGUAGAUCGUACAGACACUAGUUCCAAUUUACAUGAUGGCCAGAUGAAACAACAUUUUAUCACCAAUGGCAUCCAACCAGUUAACCACAGCUGGACAAAGGCCGUGGUAUGUGCUUUCCUGUCUG